GUUUUCUACAACACGAUGGCCGACUGCGCCGCGCGCAUCACGUCGGUCGCCACGCUUCGCGCCGCGCUCUGUGGCGCGACCCACAUGAGCUUCUGGGGCAGCACGGGCUACGAGCAAAACACGACGUGGUGCUCCGUGGCCAAAGCCAUGUUCAUCCGCAGCGCGACCUCGACCGGCGACGUGCCCGCGUCGUUUCUCUGGCAGUGCUCGCCGAUCAAGAACUCGUGGAUCGCCCUCCGCGUGCUAAGCCCGAACCAAUGCUACUCGACCGACAGCCGCCUCUGCACCCCGUUUGGGACGCUCGACCAGUGCCAGGCCAGCAUCCAGGGCAUGGUCGACUUUGCAAGCGACGAGUUUGUCCUCACGUGUCCCUCGAUCGCCCAGUGCGUCUUGGAUGCCGAGCGUCCACGCGAAGCGCCGGUCGCGGCAGUCAAUUGGCCGUGGAUCAUUGCCGGCGUCGGUCUCUCGCUGCCGGUUUUUUGCGGCCUCGCGGCGUGGCACAUGCUGCGCAAGAAGCCGCUGCCGACCAACAGUCACAUAUUUGACACCGAGUCGACGCUCUGUUCCAGCUACAACAGCGAGCGCUCGCAAGCAAUAUAACCCACGACGUUUUAACACUACUGCGCGCCCGUUCGGACUGACAUGAAAAUGGGGUCGAUGCAGUCCGCCACCCCUCGCGCUUUGAAUAGCCAGGAUAUCAUCAUCAAUAUAUACCGUUAGUGU